AUGGCAGCCCCCCAAGUCAUUGUGGUCGGCGGUGGUCUGUCUGGCCUUAGUGCUGCCCACACCGUAUACUUGAACGGUGGCAAUGUCGUCGUUCUCGACAAACAAGCUUUCUUCGGUGGCAACUCUACCAAGGCUACAUCCGGUAUUAACGGUGCGCUUACCCGCACUCAGACCGACCUCGGCAUUCAAGACAGUGUUAAGCAAUUUUACGACGACACACUCAAGUCCGCCCGUGACAAGGCUCGUCCUGACCUAAUCAAGGUCCUCACCUAUAAGUCUGCUGCCGCUGUCGAGUGGCUGCAGGAUGUCUUCAACCUCGAUCUCACUCUCGUCUCUCGACUGGGUGGCCACACCCAGCCCCGUACUCACCGUGGCCAUGAUGCCAAGUUCCCUGGUAUGGCUAUCACAUAUGCUCUCAUGCAACGCCUGGAGGAGCUCGCCGAUUCCGAGCCUGGCCGUGUCCAGAUCAUUAAGAAGGCCCACGUUACCAAGGUUAACAAGUCUGGUAACCACGUGAGCGGUGUUACAUACACUGUUAAUGGUGAGCCCAAGACUGUUGACGGUAUUGUCGUUCUGGCUACUGGUGGUUACGCUGCCGACUUCAGCGACUCUUCGCUGCUCAAGCAGCACCGCCCCGAUACAUUUGGUCUCUCCUCCACCAACGGUACUCACGCCACUGGUGAUGGUCAGAAGAUGCUGAUGGAGAUUGGUGCCAACGGUAUCGAUAUGGAUAAGGUCCAGGUUCACCCUACUGGUCUGGUUGACCCCAAGGAUCCCCAGGCUAAGUUCAAGUUCCUGGCUGCUGAGGCUCUACGUGGUGAGGGUGGUCUGCUGCUGAACUCAGAUGGUGAUCGUUUCUCCGAUGAGCUGGGUCACCGUGACUACGUCUCUGGUCAGAUGUGGAAGGAGAAGGAGAAGGGCAAAUGGCCCAUCCGCCUGGUGCUGAACAGCAAGGCUUCUAAGGUUCUGGACUUCCACACUCGCCACUAUUCUGGCCGUGGUCUUAUGAAGAAGAUGUCCGGUAAGGAGCUGGCUAAGGAGAUUGGUUGCGGUGAUGCUGCUCUGCAGAAGACCUUCGAUGACUACAACCUCAUUGCCGAUGGCAAGAAGAAGGAUCCCUGGAACAAGAAGUUCUUCCACAAUCUGCCAUUCAGCGUUGAUGAUGAGUUCCACGUUGCUGUGAUGGAGCCCGUUCUCCACUUCACCAUGGGUGGUAUCGAGAUCAACGAGCACGCUCAGGUCCUCAACGCCGAGAAGGAGCCUUUCGAGGGUCUCUACGCCUGUGGUGAAUUGGCCGGUGGUGUCCACGGUGCUAACCGUCUGGGUGGUUCUUCCCUUCUGGGCUGUGUCGUCUACGGCCGUGUGGCCGGUGACUCUGCUUGCCAACACCUCUUCCAGAAACUCCUCAACGGUGGUUCCUCCGCUGCCCAGCAGCGUCUGGGUCAGAUCUCCCUGCACAUUGACCCCUCUACUCCUGGCAAGAUCUCCGUUGAGUGGGCUGGUGCCGCUGCUGGCGGCAACCUGCCUACUAUUGCUGCUGCUCCUGCUGCUGCUGCCGCUGCCCCUGAGGAGACCAAGGCUGCCAAGCCCGAUCCUGCAAACUUCCAAAUUCCAGAGAAGGAGUACUCUAUGGAGGAGGUUGCUAAGCACAACACAAAGGAAGACCUUUGGAUCGUUGUGAAGGGUGUCGUCCUUGAUGUGACCAAUUGGCUUGACGAGCACCCCGGCGGUGCUAACGCUCUGUUCAACUUCAUGGGCCGUGAUGCCACUGAGGAAUUUGCCAUGCUCCACGACGACGAGGUCAUCCCCAAGUACGCCGGUCACAUCGUCAUCGGUCGUGUUAAGGGACAGACUCCUAGCUUGGAGCUGUAA